AUGGCCAAAAUUUCCUUCUUGCAUCCAAAAUUCCAAAUGUCUUCAAAUACACCCGUACAAACCAGUUCCCUAGUGCCCAAAGAGCCUACGAGGAACUUACCUUUUCAAAUAUGUCAGAGUCCCCUAGUGACCCCAAGAAGUCCAAUGCAACCAAGUCUUUCAGUCCCUGAAAGGUACCUACGUCAGCAAGAGUCCCAAGGACCAGCAAGAAAAUCAAGUACCCAAAUGCAACCAGGUCCUGUAAUGAGCCCAGGUUUACCAACUCUGAGAAGACACUCAGGGCAUCCAAGCCAUCAGAUACCUUCAAGACCCUCAAUGAGAUCUGGUUUCCAGGGUUCUCUAGGACCUAUGGCACUGUCACAUAGUUAUGGUGACCAACAAACCAGCCUUGAGGCUCCAAGGAAGAGUCGGAAAAUACGCACUGUAUACAUCGAGGAACGGAAGUGCCUGCUGCAAGCACAUCUUGAUCAGUGCAAGUCCCCAGACCUGGAACAAUGCAUGGCACUGGCAUUACUGACUGGUGUGACAGAGUAUGAGAUCCAGAUCUGGUUCAAGAAUAGACAAGCUAAAGAAUGUCAGAAGAAGGGUCCACAACUCCCUGGGAGAAUUGGAAGUGGACCUCACUAUAGGCCUACCUCCAACAAUGGUGGUGAAGUUUAUGCUUUCACUGCCAGUCCAGUUUCUGUGUGCCAGAGACAUUUGGAUGCUAACUGUCCCCCUCAGUUUAAAUCAUUGAUGAACUCCCCUCAUCAGGAAUUCAACUUGUCCCUCAUUGAUUAG